AUGGCGGCGUUUGCCGUCGUCGCGUUGGUGAGCUCACCAGUGGCGGCAGGAGAGUCAUCCGCCACGGAUGACGCCAUCUGGGUGCGACCGAGCGGCGGGGCGGAAGAGACGCCCGUUUGGGGCCACCGCGAUGGCCUGAGGGUCGGAAUCGCUCCCCUGCCCGGCCCGCGCGGGCUGCUGCGGGUCUAUGCCCCUUACCUGGGCGAUCGUGAUCGACACGUCAUCAACUACAUCGCCAUCGAGCCGGUCCCACAGGGACAAGAAGCGCGGGGGCUAUCCGAGCUCGAGUUCAGCGAGCUUGAUCAGCAGCGCGGCAAGCGGUUUUGGAGCGUCAACGAUCCGGUCGACGCCACGCCUCGCGACGACGCGGCGCCGGCGACGGGCGUUGUGAAUCAAGUCGAUGGCGUUUCACGCCUGCAAGUGUUCAUCCAGGUUGAGCGCUUCCUGAAUGGCGCGCAUGUCUACGCACGGCUGACCUUCCGCGAAGAUCAGCCGCACGCCGUUGGCGUUGCGUUGUUCGCACACGAGGACUCCCGACCACUCUCCAAAUGUAUUGCGACCGCGACGAUGGGCAACUACGCCCGGGUGCGUGAAUUGCACCUAGCCGAGCGCGUCGUGGAAGCGGGCGGCCUUUGGCCCGACUACCGCGGCGACGGGUUCACGCCGCAUGCGCGUUUCCCGCUCCAAGAGCUGAAACGCACCGCGAACGGCGCGGCGUUGGCCUCCGUGACCCCGGACGAGGCGUCGCCGCAAGACGCGCCGCUCGCCCCCGGGACGAGAGGUCACUGGCGUUACCAGGGGCUGAGGGCACGGCAGAGCUGGCGGGUUGCCGAUCCGGCCGCGGAGCUCGAAGUGCUUGUGAACGGCCGCUUCGCCUACUGGGCGAGUCAGGCGCCGAUCCCGGGCGGCAUCGCGUUCGAGAACUUCGAGAUGGUCUCGCCGUUCCGACAAGGUAAGGAGUUUUGGUUCUCGGUCGACCCUCUAGACGAAACGCCGACGCAAGGAAUCGACCGCCGCCAGUUCGUCCAGAGCCUUGGCCUCGGCGCGGGGAUGGCGAUGUUGCCGUCGUUCGGCUACGCGGCUGGGGCGACUAACCGAGACGGUCUUCAUCCGGAACAUCACGUGCCGGUGAACAAGGGCCUCUCGAAGGAGUGGGUCUCGUCGCUCUACGAGCGGGGCGGGUCGACGUGGUUCUCCGGCGACGACCUCAAGACGAUCGGCAUGCCGAUUGGCGGCGUGGCGGCGGGGCAGCUCUACCUGACUGGCGACG